UCCCAUUCGGUGAAGGAGAAAGCAAAGCCCAAUUGAGGGAUUCCGCUCUCAAUUGCUCUGUUUUUCACUGUAAGCUACCUUGCUAUCGCCAUUGCCAUGGAUGCCCAACAAGCUGCAAACAAGUCCCCCACAGCCUCAACCAUUUUCAUGCUUCCAUGGGUUGGCUAUGGCCAUCUCUCCGCUUACUUGGAGCUCGCCAAAGCCCUCUCCACUAGGAACUUCCACGUCUACUUCUGCUCUACUCCUGUUAGCCUCGCCUCCAUUAAACCAAGGCUAAUUCCUUCUUGUUCUUCGAUUCAAUUUGUGGAGCUUCAUCUCCCUUCUUCUGAUGAAUUUCCCCCUCAUCUUCACACAACCAACGGCCUCCCCGCCCACCUUGUGCCCACCAUCCACCAAGCCUUCGCAGCGGCUGCUCAAACCUUUGAGGCAUUUUUACAAACACUUCGUCCGCAUCUCCUCAUUUAUGACUCUCUCCAGCCUUGGGCUCCUCGAAUUGCUUCCUCCCUCAAUAUUCCCGCCAUCAAUUUCUUUACCGCCGGUGCUUUCGCUGUUUCUCAUGUCCUUCGCGCUUUUCAUUACCCUGAUUCUCAAUUCCCAUCCUCGGAUUUUGUUCUUCAUAGUCGCUGGAAAAUCAAGAACACCACCGCCGAAUCACCCACUCAGGUAAAAAUCCCCAAAAUUGGAGAAGCCAUUGGGUAUUGCUUGAAUGCUUCUCGCGGCGUAAUUCUAACCAAUAGCUUCAGAGAAUUGGAGGGGAAAUAUAUCGAUUACCUCUCCGUGAUCUUGAAGAAGAGAGUACUCCCGAUUGGUCCUUUAGUGUAUCAACCGAAUCAGGAUGAGGAAGACGAAGAUUAUUCAAGGAUAAAAAACUGGCUCGAUCGAAAGGAAGCAUCGUCGACGGUUUUGGUAUCAUUUGGAAGCGAAUUCUUCCUAUCAAAGGAGGAAACGGAAGCGAUAGCACAUGGAUUAGAACAGAGUGAGGCUAAUUUCAUUUGGGGCAUAAGAUUUCCCAAAGGAGCGAAGAAGAACGCCAUUGAAGAAGCGUUGCCGGAGGGGUUUUUGGAGAGAGUGGGAGGAAGAGCGAUGGUGGUGGAAGAAUGGGUUCCUCAGGGGAAGAUACUGAAACAUGGAAACAUUGGGGGAUUUGUGAGUCACUGUGGAUGGAAUUCGGCGAUGGAGAGCAUAAUGUGUGGCGUGCCUGUAAUCGGGAUUCCGAUGCAGGUGGAUCAGCCGUUCAAUGCCGGAAUUCUGGAAGAAGCCGGCGUCGGCGUGGAGGCCAAGCGAGAUUCAGACGGCAAGAUUCAAAGAGACGAAGUCGCGAAGCUGAUCAAAGAAGUGGUGGUUGAGAGAACCAGAGAGGACAUUCGGAAUAAAUUAGAAGAAAUUAAUGAAAUUUUGAGAACAAGAAGGGAAGAGAAGCUUGAUGAGUUGGCAACUGAAAUCUCUCUCUUGUGUAAGAAUUGACAAAUAUGUC